AUGCUCCGCUGGACAUUUCUGCGUCGCGAUCAUCGCGAGAACAUCAUCCGCAUCUUCCAGGAGAUGGCAGAUUUGAACAACGCUCUCGGAGAGAAGUAUAAGGUGAGCAGCUACCACCGCAGUAUUGAAAGUCUCAAGACAAACCUUGACAAGCCCCUCAACACCCCACAGGACCUGAAGGCGUUCUCCGGCAUCGGGGCGAAGCUGCUGAAGAAGGCGGAGGAGAUCAUGGCUACCGGGAAGCUCGAAGAGCUGGAGAGCAAGACGAAGCCAAAGCUCAAAGCUAUCCAGGAGCUAACGCAGGUCCACGGCUUUGGGCCUCGCGCCGCCGCGGCGCUGUUCGACCGCGAGGGCAUCUUUACUGUGGAUGAGUUACUGCAGAAGGCUGACAGCAUCUCGUCAUUGACAGACCAGCAACGUGUCGGCAUCAAGUACUUCUACGACAUCAACGAGAAGAUUCCGAUGCAAGAGAGCGUGCUGCAUGAGAACUACCUGCGCGAGAAGUGCAUGGAGGUGCUCGGCAAGGACUUUUCCAUUCUGAUCUGCGGUAGCUACCGCCGCCGCCACCCCUUCAGUGGUGAUGUGGACGCGAUCCUGUCGCGCACGCUCGAUGCUCCACCACUUAACGAGCCUGUCGCUGCCACCGGCGUGCUAGCGCACUUUGUCGAGUUCCUCGAGAGCAUCAAGUACCUGGAGGCGACCAUGGCGCAGGGUCCACUCAAGUACAUGGGGAUGGGCCGGCUACCGCCCCGUAUUGUCCGUGAUAAGGUUGGCCGUGAGAACACGAAGGUGUACAAGGCGCGUCGCGUCGAUAUUCGCCUUAUCGAGACCAAAAGCGUCCCGACGGCGAUGCUGACCUUCACUGGAAGCAAAAACUUCAACGUCAUCAUGCGCCAGGCCGCCAUCAGCAAAGGGUACUUACUGAACGAGUACGGCCUCUUUAAGCUCGGCACGCCGGAAGAGGCGCGUGCGCUGUACGAGCGCAUCGGCAUUCGCGGCAAAAAUGCUGGCGAGGAGCUCGGUGUUCCUAAGGAUGAGCUGGAGGACAAGCGUGUUGAGGUGCGGUCGGAGCAGGACGUGUUCGACGUGCUCGGGAUGCCCUAUGCCAAGCCAGAGAACCGCGACCCGUAA